AUGGGGAUGAGAAAUGGGACAAAAAUCCACUCCAAACCCAUCUCUAAAAUAUACUUCAUUUUUAUUUUGCUCCUGCUUAUUUUCACACCGAGAGUGGAUUCAUCGUGGUGGUACAUUGGAGCGCUGGGUGCUCGAGUGAUCUGUGACAACAUUCCUGGCCUGGUGAACAAGCAGCGGCAGCUCUGCCAGAAGCACCCAGACCUGAUGCAGUCCAUUGGCGAGGGUGCCAAAGAGUGGAUCAGAGAGUGUCAGCACCAGUUCAGACACCACCGCUGGAAUUGCAGCAUGCUGGAGCGGGACCACACCGUGUUUGGCAGGGUGAUGCUGCAAAGCAGCAAAGAAGCAGCAUUCAUGUAUGCCAUCUCUUCAGCUGGAGUGGUCUAUGCCAUCACCAGGGCCUGCAGUCAAGGGGAUCUUAAGAUGUGCAGCUGUGACCGCCACAAGCGUGGGCAAGUGAAGGAUGAAAGCAAGUGGGGGACGAAGUUUGAUUGGGGCGGAUGCAGCGACAAUGUCAACUAUGGCAUGAAGUUUGCUAAGGCCUUCAUAGAUGCUCCGGAGAACAUGGUGAAAGAUGCUCGGGCUCUAAUAAAUCUGCACAAUAACCGGUGUGGUCGGAUGGCAGUGAAGCGCUUUAUGAAGCUGGAGUGCAAGUGUCACGGGGUCAGUGGCUCCUGUUCCGUGAAAACCUGUUGGCUGGCUAUGUCUGACUUCAGGCGAACGGGAGACUACCUUCGCGAGAAGUACAACGCGGUAGUCGAGGUGACCAUGAACCAGGGCGGGACGGGUUUUAUGGUGGCUGACAAGAACUUCAAGGGAAGCACCAAGAAUGAGUUGGUGUACGUCGAGAAAUCACCAGAUUACUGUGGCAUGGACCUUGCAGCAGGCUACUUGGGCACAGCAGGCAGGGUGUGCAACAAGUCCUCCAAGGAUUCAGACGGCUGUGAUGCCAUGUGCUGUGGGCGGGGCUACGACACCAUGCGCAUCAAACGUGUCACCAAAUGUGAGUGCAAGUUCAAGUGGUGCUGCGCUGUGGAGUGCAAAGACUGCGAGGACAUGGUGGACGUACACACCUGCAAGCCCGACAAGCGACGAGACCGGCUGGACCUAACCUAA